ACCGACAAAGAAGGUUGUGAUUUUCAACAUGCAUUAGACCUGAUCAAGCGACUUUUAAAAAUCGCUUGCGAUCUUGAUAUAACAGAAAUGAUAAUUGAAGCCUUGGAAAACUUUGCGCACUUGUAUUUUUUACUAGGGAAAUAUGAGCGGUCGUUCGACAUCAUGAGAGAAAUGGUCCGUUGGAAAAUUGAUGAACUUGGCAUAAAGUGCAAACUUGUUGUCAAUUUUAGCGUUGUAGAGCUGGUAUUGGGACGUAAGAAUUGUUCUCUCCAACAUGCUUUGGAUUCUUUAGAUAUAGCAGAGCAAACAAAGACCCCUAACUAUAUUGCCUGUGCUUAUGGCAAUAUCGGUUUAGCUCUUGAGCAUAUGGGUCGUUUCGACGAAGCUAUUGAGCCGUACGAACAAUGUCUAGAGUAUGGUAUGGAGCACAAAAAUUACCGAGUGAUCAAUAAUGCGUUGUGUAACCUGGGAAGAGCGUAUGAAGGUCUUGGUAACAUCCAGAAAGCAAAGGAAUGUUUCAAGAAAGCGGUGAACACCAAACGUCCGCCUAAAGCCUCCUGGGGCGAUACUGAAGACUUUCGCUUUACCGGCGAAUAUCGGCUGGCUAAGUUAGCUGUGGAAGAGCGAAACUGGGAUGAGGCAAAGGUGCAAUUAAUGGUGGUCAUCGAGAGAUGUGAAACUCUGAGAAAGAGCAUUCAGGAUAGCCAGACAAAGAUCACAUUUAACGAUACACAACGUAAACCGUUUCAGUUGCUACAGCAUGUCAUGCUUGAAGACAACAGUAAGAUAGAAGCUCUUGUUGUUGCAGAGAAAGGACGUGGAAGAGAUUUCUUUGAUAAAAUGGAAGGUGAUGUUGGGAUGUCACUCGAUUCCGGGAAUAUUUUGUUGAAUAUGAUAAAGAGUCAAAACAUAGCUGUACUUUUUAUAUCGGAUUUGGAGGAUGUCGGCAAAUUGAGUCUGUGGUUCAUUUCAUCCAAAGGCGAGUUACUGAAACAGUGUUUAAUCCCGAGCAGUGAAUGUAAUAAACUAUUGGCCAAGUUAUACGGAGCGCUUCACAAGACACAAGGAAGGUACGAAAUUGAGUUUAAGGCCACGGCAUAUGAGGAAUAUCCUUUGAUUGACUAUGCAAUUAAAUUAUUGAAUGACAGGCAAUCACUGGAGAGUCCAUGUCUGCAGGUGGACAUUGAAGCAGAGAGCGAUUCGCCAUCAGAUGAGUCGGUGCUUGCUAAUACUUGCAUGGAGCAACAAGAACAAGCUGAAACAAGCAUGACGCUUCUAGACCUGAUAAAUGAACUGUCAAUAUGUAUCUUGAAGCCGUUUAGACAGGAAAUUGAAAACGUCAUUAACGAACCCUCAACCGGCACAACUCCUAAACUUCUUGUUAUUCCGCAAGGGACAUCAUUCAAUAUUCCUUUUUCAGCACUAAAACAUAAUGGAAAACCGCUCUGUCACCAUCUGACUAUCAUCGAAGCAUUUUCUUUCCAUUCAUUUGCUCACUCCACCAAAGAAAUAAAUGAGAAUAAAUGCCAGAUAGCUGGUUUCGAUAAUGCUUUAAUAGUUGGAAACCCAACCCAUCCGGAUGAACUACCGCGGGCCGAGGAAGAAGCCAGAGAAAUUGCGAAGAUUUUUGGUGUCGACCCAUUGAUUCGAGAUGAAGCCACGAAGGAUGCGGUGUUGAAACGACUUCCAGCUGCUCGGUUGAUUCAUUUCUCCUGUCAUGGUGAAGAGGGUGGCGAAGCAUUGUUAAUGGCCAAAAUCUGUCACAUGAGCGAAAACGAUUAUCGCCUGACAGCAAGAGACGUGGAGAGUAUGAAGUUGGACGCUGAUCUUGUGGUUCUCAGUGCUUGCCAUACAGCCCAUGGUAAAAUAAAUAGUGAGGGAGUUAUUGGAUUAGCGAGAGCUUUUCAAGUGGCUGGCGCACGGUCAAUCGUCACUGCCCUGUGGGCCAUACCAGACAACGCGACUAAGAAGUUUAUGGAAGAGUUUUAUGACAACCUAUGUCGUGGGCAGCCGGUUGCAGACGCAAUCUGCGCAACUCAGGUGAAAAUGUCGGAGUCCGAAGAAUUUUACGAUGUCAUAAAUUGGGGAUCAUUUAAAGUCUUCGGUGCAAAUGCGAGAAUAUAUAAAUAAUAUAAUGGUAUCUCAAAAACAGUCGAAAACUGAAAUUUGGCAAGAAAAUCCUAUACCAGUGGCAUACCACUCCGUCGGUAAAAGUAGGCCUGUAAAUAUCAUGUUUUGUGAGAACAUUAUGCCAUUUUGGUUCGCAAUACUACAGUUUAUAUCACCGGAAAUUUGUUGCAAAAUCCAUAUUAUGGAAUAGUCAGGGGCGCAACUAGAACGAUAAUUAGGGGGGUGAAUAUUCAUUUAUUUUGUAAACUAUUGCACUCAGUAGAAAAGGAAUCCGUCGGGCAGAAAGUGCAAUAGCUUACAAAAGAAAUCCAUCGGUCAAACCCCCCCCCCCCCCCAAUUAUUGUUCUGUUACGCCACUGGAAAUACUAAAUAGUAUGGAUGAUAGUAUGAAAGUUUAUAAUGUUCAGUAUAUAGAUAUAUAGCUAUAUAUAGCGUUCAUAUUUCCAUAGUUGAAUUUUGAAAAACAAUUCCAGUGCAUGUUUAUAAAUAUUCGAGACAUGCAACGUUGGCGUUAUCUGGGUUGUAGUUACAGUUAGUUACUGUAGGGUAGCCA